AUGGCAGGAUCGCCACCAAAGGAGGAGGAGCCCACCAAGGUAGCUCAUCGAACACGUAAUGCUGGACGCCGAGAUUCCACCACUCAAGCUGAAAAGGAUGCCCUAGCCAAGAAGAAAGCAGAGAAAGAAAGGCAGAAAGCUAUAAGAGAAGGACUCAAAAGUGACUAUGUCGAGCCCACCAAGCGCCAACUCGGCUAUCUCCAAGAACUUGUGCAUUCCCCACACGAUAAGAGCAAAUGCAUUGAACCCAUGGAUUUCCAACUUCGAAAAAUUGUGGGUCUUAUUGUUAGUAUCCAAAAGCCAGGCGUAUCCUUCACAGAAGAAUUCAUAGACGAUAUUGCUAACUUGGCGUCUGAGUAUAUGCAUAGACUAAUAUCCCAACUACAUAAAUACACGGAGGUGCAAAGACAUCGGAAACCUGGGAUCUAUGAUUUGCAAUUGUGUUUUCUGCAGCAGCGCAUCAACCCUGGCUCGUUGUACCUGGAGUAUGAACGAAGCAAGGAUUUGACAGUGAGUCAACGAAAACACAAAAAGACUCUUGAGUCACAAACAAAUGAUCUCGUACAAGAGUUCUAUGCUGAAGAGUUCCAUCUAGAUAAGAAUGACCCUUCGUUGGUGUUUCAUGCCAGCGACCAAUACGAGGUUGCAUCACUUAUUCCUCGCCAAAAAAGCAGACCGUCGUACAUUCCUGAUUAUUUUCCUACGCUUCCGCCAGAUUAUACUUACCAAAGCACUGGUAGUUACAUGAAGACGAUCACAGAAUUGAAACAGAUCAAGCUUAAGUUGGUGGAGGAGUCAAGACUCAAUGAGCGCUCGCUAUACAAAUUACUUGAACACGAGGAAAAACAGUGGGUUGCUGACAAUGUCUCAGAUAUUGAAACAGACAACGACGAUAUAAUGAGUGCUUCUGGAGAGGACCCAGUGACAGACAUAGAAUCGCCUCAUGAAGUGGGUCAAGCUACCGGAGAGAAGGAGCUACCGCACGAGCAUAAGAAAGAUGAAGGAGAAAAGAGGAAGCUCGAAGAGGUGGAGAAAACGAAUGUCGAAGAGACAGCAAAAGAGGUUGUGGAAGUAGAUGCAGACUCUGCUACCAAGUCUUCAGACUCUGCUGCAAAAGAAAGUCUUGCUAGCGGAAAAAGAUUUGACUUUAUCGAGUAUGCAAACAAGCGCAAAGCUGCUAAGGAAAGAGCUUCUAAGAAACUUGCUGCUCACAGGAAGAAAAGAGAAGAUGAUAUCCUCAUGAAAAGAGAGAAAUUGUAUUCUCCAUAUGCCAAAUCACUCCCUACAGCUCAGGAUGAUGCAUAUUUCGAAAGCAUCCUCAAAAAAAGUUUCAGGCGUGUGAUCAAGUAUACGCGUGAAGCACACGAGAGAAAGAAGGCCAAGAUAGCAGAGCUCUUGGAGGAACGUGCGAAGCAUGAAAAGGAGAACGAGAUAAAUAGCGGCUCAUUCGAAUUUGGAUUUGCGUUCAACCCAGAUGCGGAUAUCCUGGAUGAAAGCGAAGAAGAAAAUGAAGUCAAGGAGUUUGACUUUGGUGAUGAAGACGACUUCAAGCUAAUUGAAAACCGCACAGAUGUUGCUGGCAAAAGACCCUCUAGUGGAUACCAAACAGCACAGGCUACAGAAGAUUCAACAAAAUUUGGCCACGAUAAUAAUGGGGAUGUUGAUAUGGUAGAUGCAGCCAAUGCAGACGAUGACGACGGUGUCGGUGAGGAUGACGUGGGCGACUUGGAAAAUGAGCUUGACAACGCAUUGAAUGAGAAUGAGACCACCACUAUCCCCAGCCUUGGGGAGUAUGGUAAUGGCAUGGCUGGAUUUGAAGAUAGCGAUAGCGAAAGUGUCGAAAACGAUGGCCAUCAGUUUGGCGACGACAAAGAGAUUCUGCUGGCGCUAACGACAGAGCCACAGACGACGACUUUUGAAAUGAAUUUUCCACAAGAAAUGUCUUCAGAUGAGUCUGAAGAAGACGAAAUGGUGGAUACGUAA